AUGAGGAGCAAAUCGUCACAAUCGAAGAAGACGCCACCUCCGGCGGCUAAAGAACGAGAGGCCCACGAUGCCAGCACAAUGCAAGUGCGGAUUGUGGAGCCCAAUCCGACCUCACCUGUAUUCAAAUCACCUAUCAAGUUGCCACGUGGUUGGGUCGUGGAGGAAAGGCCACGUGUUAACUCUGCAGCCCAUCCCGGCCGAGUUGACAGGUAUUACUCUGAACCUGGGUCUGGACGGCAGUUUCGUUCCCUCAUUUCUGUUCAAAAUUAUCUAUGUGAAGGGAUGGAAUAUACUCCUUCAACCCAGAGAGUGAAAUUUGACAGUAAAAAUUCUAUGCAAAUUGUGCCGCAUGUAUUCAAGAGUGCUACACCAUUCAGGCUGCCUCCUGGUUGGAUUGUUGAGGAAAAGCCCCGUAGCAAUGUUAGAUAUGCUGGAGUCAUUGACAGGUAUUACAUUGAGCCGGAGACAGGAAAGCGAUUUCGUUCCAUCAUAGCCGUUGAGAGAUACCUUGCAGAGAUGGAAGCAAGUGCAGCUGCUACCGAGGUACUAAAGGCAGAUGAUGCAUCUGAGCUUUUAAACUGUUGACUUUUG